CUCUCUCUCUCUCUUGCUCUAACCCUCAAAGUGUCCUGAGAAGUGAAAGACGAACUACGGGAUCAACAGGCACCUGGUUGUUUCUUCAUCCUCACACUUGUGGAAAGUCCAUGAAGAAUGGAAAAAACUUUAUUAAAAGAACCAACCGUCAUGUGGAUGUGCUACAACUGAUGUCAACACUUGAGUUAUGUGCUCAGCAUGGCAAGUCUGACUACCCCGAGCCUGUGGAGAUUCUCUGCAGAGGAUUAUCAAGAACAAAGAUGAAAAGAUUUUCUGCCUCGUAAAGGAGAAACUCCUGCAAAGAUGAACCCAGAGUCUCUGGAUUCGUCCAUCCAGUCUGCCCUGUCAGCCUUGUUCCCACCUUUCGAGGCCACAGCACCCAUCGUUCUCAGUCAGCUGUUUCGCACCAUUGAGGAACGUUACUAUGGUGAUGCAUUGCAGUGUCUAAUAGAUUUCCUCAUCCCCUCCAAACAUCUGUUGGAAAGUGUGCAGCAAGCAGCAUGUGCUGGGUUCUCUGAUGUGCUUUUCCGCUGUGAGGGCUGGCCCUUGUGUCUCCAUGACAAGACUGUCAUCCAGUUAGCACCACUCAACCCUCUGCUUCUGCGUCCUGGAGACUUCUAUCUACAGGUUGAACCUUUCGGGGACCAAGCAGCACGCAUUGUACUCAAAAGUCUCCUGGAAGAAGGAUGUCGAGAAGUAGAAGAGACCCCCGUCUGUGAGACAUCAUACUCCUGUAUCUUCACCGAAGAGUGGCUGCAGGAUAUCAAUGAGGAUCGCCAUGGGACUCCUCUUUCACGUUGCUUGCUUUGUACAGACCAAGGUGUAAUCAAGUUACCCUGGGCUAAAAUAGCUAUCCCAGAGUUUUUAGACAAGCCUAAGAUCAUGCCUACUUCCUCCUCUGCUUUUCCUUCAGAGCCAAAGCAAGUCCCAGUUCCCUCCCAUUUUAGCUCCUCAACCCUUCCACUGGAAGACGUUCUUCCUGAGAUGGACAGGAAGACAUCAUCUUCAAAACCUGUGGGUUAUUCUUCUAAACUUGUCAAAAUGGAUCAUGAUAAACGAACCCAUAGAUCACGCACCAAACCUUUAAUGAAACCUGUGGGCUGGGUUUCACCAAACACUUGGGACAGUCACAACAAUCGAGAACUUGAGGGUGAUUAUGUAGACCUGAUGGAUCUUGCAAAAGGGAAUGACAACCAUCCAAGUUCGCCAAAUUCAUGUUUGCUCAAACCAGCCAGACCACCAUCAGCUGUACCAGUUGAGACUAGUGCCCAGUGUGGACAUGUAGUUAACCCAUGUACUCCCUGUAGCCAGAGAACACUGGGACUUGAUUCCACUGAUCAAUACUUGCAGUGUAGGUACAGAGAUUCUUACAUGGCAGCACUGAAAAAUCCCUUCACAUUUGAGAAGGUCAGUGUUGAUCUCCUGUCUGUUGUGGAGGAGGUCAGUCUUUGUGAAGAUGGCGAAUUAAGAUCCAAGGACACAUAUGAAGCUCAAAGAGAGAACACGUGUGGGCACUGUAACAAACCUGUGAUGAGACAUGAGCCCUGUCAGAACAGACACAGCUGUGAUCCAACACCAGAAACCGUUAUAUCCAGGGGUUCUGGUUCAGAAAACCUUUUCAAGGAACCUGCCACUGCUUUGAAAUCAUCCCCUGGUUUGAAUCAUUGUCAAAGAACACAAAUAAAAGGUUUUCUCCACCAGCUAGGCUAUGAUUUGAAGGGCUAUCCAUCACCUGUUCAGACCUGCGAUGGUAACAUGACAUCACAACAGAAAGUGGAGGUGGUGAAACCAUCAGGAAAGCACAAAGUAAAGCUUCGGUCUCGGUCCACAGUGUCAGAGACGCCUAAAGGGAACCCAAUGCUGCAUCAGCCCACUAGCAGGGCUCACAGUGAUGUUGGUCCUGAAGUGAUAAUGCAAUGUAGGCAGCAUUCACUGUUUAAUCAGGUGUCUCCAAAGCUGGAACGACGACAGUCUCCUAAAAAAGAGUCACAGCCAAGGAAGAAUGAUAUUCUCUCCAACACAGAUGGACAACAUACUUCUACUUCUCCAGAGGUUCAGCUUCCUUCAGCCAGCUCUGACAUGCUGGUGUCUUCACAAACCAAAGAAUCAAGUUUCAGAUGUAUCAGUAGUCUGCUUGAACUAGGCAUUAUUUAUUUACCAGGAAGCAGGGACAGAACUGGCAGGGCAGUGGUGGAGGUCCACGCUGACAGGAAGGAGUGGGCCUCUCCUAUUAUAUCGGCCCAGAAUGUCUGCGAGCUGCUGCUCUACUUACACUCCAUACCAAGGAAAGAUGUUCGGGAGCUGGGAAUGACUUUGCUCAUCAAUGCCAGGAAGAAGCCUCCCUCACCUCACUUCUACAAAGCUCUGCUUAUGGCACAGGAACAAGCUCUCCAUACUGUCCACAGUGUUUUGGUACUGGUCGAUAAAGACACAAGUCCACGCCCUGAAAAACAGCCCGGGUUGCAGAUGGACAUCGUGACAUCUAUGAAAGUACUGAGCAAGACGGUCGAUGCUUCCCAGCUGACCUCUGACCUGGGCGGGACCUUCACCUACAGCCACACUGACUGGCUGCAGUUCCACCAAAGGUUAGUUUCUUUCAAGUCCAGCUUGUGGGCUGCAGACAGUUUGUUGCAGAAAGCCAUACAAAAUGUGGACGGUAGUAAGAGGAUGGACAGUGCACAGGAUGUGCAGCGAUGCAUUCACGAACAGAAGGCUUCGAUGAAAGAGGUGCUGGAGGACACCCGAUUGGUCACACUACAAAGAGAAGGUGGAGCCCUUUUGGCCAGGAUGAGAAGGGAGGAGUUUAGAUUUCCACAAUCCGAGGACUACAGAGAUGCUUUGGAAUCAGUGACAAGUCUGUACAACCAAGUGGAAGAGAAGCUCCACACUCUGGUCAUGAGAUCAAAUGAAUCACUGCAGCAGCUGGAGUUCCUCUUCAGGCUGAGAGAGAUGGAGGGAAAAAUCAGCACGGUUGGGAUGUGGUUCAAUACAGAAGGUGAACAGAAACUGAAGGACUCUUACAUGACAGAGGACACACUGGUCUGCACUGAAAAGACGUUGGAGCACUUUGAUCGAUUUGUCACUCAGUCUAAGGAGAAACAACAGUAUGCCCUGAUGCUCGUGAUGGAAGCAGAGAAGAUUGCGAAGAGUGGUGAUUCUACCCCCACAACAGAAAUUUUCCAGACUCUGGUCAGCACUUUUAAAUCCAACAUGGAUGACUUCAUGUUCCGAAUUGAGCAGAGGCGCAAAGACCUGGACACACUGGUGCAUGUGCAUCGCUUCUGCGAUCAGGCUUUGUCUCUGACUAAGGAAUGCAGUGAUUUUCUGAAGCAGGUAGAGAACGGCAGUAACUCAGCUCAGGCCUGUCUAACCACACUUCAUGCGUAUGAAGAGAGAUUAAGUGGUGAAUUCUCCACAACACACUUCCAGGCUGUGAAAAGUAAAGCCUGUGCACUGGGAUCAGCAGCCUUGGGAGUGAUUACAGUUUGGAGAGCAGCAUUGAUGCGGUGCCAAGAAGUAAGGGAGCGUUUGGAGGAGAUGCAGGAGAAGAACGCUAGAGAUAAGAACCAAAAUCUGCCAGACAUACCUGCAGACUGUCAAGAGAAAGCUGGAGAGAUAAAGAAGGAGGAAAGGAAUGAAAUGGGGGAGGCUAAAUACUCUCUUAAGGAGGAUCAGCGCAGAAACAGUGCACCAGAAAGCAACACUGUUGUGGGUUUUAACUACCAGUUUAAAAUGGCCUUGCAUAGGAGCGAUGAAGGAGAAUCGCUGCACCAAAAGAGUGUUGAAAAUGUGAAAAUGACCCUUGUUUCUCCACAAGAUCCCGACGGUCCUCCAGAAACCACAUGGAAGCCGAGAGAGCACCACAGCGAGGCAGAUCUGAGGAGCGUGGACUCUGCAGAUGGGGGUUUUAAAUUACAUCAGGCCUUGGGUCGGUCCCUGAGUGAAGGCUCAGCCGUGAGAUCCCAUAUGAUGUGCCUCUCUAGCUUUUCACCGCUGAUUGUGAGACACAAACACUGUGACAGCAGGAUGCAGCCACUUGUGCAUAAUGUGCAGACUCCCCCAAAUCUUCAUUUUUCCCACAAUGAGAGUUUACUCCCAGGAUACACAAACAGUGGCAGUAAUGAACAGCAGGCUGAACGCUGCACAGGCCCCACCCAAAGCUCAGAUUUUAGGACCCAAGAGGCAUUGCACAAGGACACAGAACACAAUGGCCCCAAUGUUUUAAAACUGCAGAGGAUCAUAGAGGAGCUGCUGACGACAGAGAGGGAAUAUGUGCGGGCGCUGGGAUAUGUCCGAGAGCAUUAUUUCCCUGAGGUAGACCGGCCUGACGUCCCUCAGGACCUAAGGGGCCAAAAGGGCAGCAUCUUCGGUAACUUGGAAAAACUCCACGACUUCCAUCGACAUCAUUUUCUCAAUGAGCUGGAAAGCUGUGUGGAUGAACCCCUCAGAGUGGGCCGCUGCUUCUUACGACAUAGAGAGAGUUUUGCUUUGUAUGCCCAUUACAGCAAGAAUAAGCCUCAGUCUGACAGUCUGCUCAUCAAUCACGGACAAGUCUUCUUCAAGCAAAAGCAGCUGAAGUUGGUGGAUAAAAUGGACCUAUGGUCUUACCUGUUGAAACCUGUUCAGAGGAUUAGUAAGUACAGCCUGCUGUUGCAGGACAUGAUGAAGGAGUGCGGCCCAAGACAAAUAAGAGAAAUGGCUGAAGUCCAGGCUGCCCUGGAGGUCGUCCACUUCCAGCUGCGCCACGGUAACAACCUGUUGGCCAUGGAUGCCAUCCUGCACUGUGACGUUAAUCUGAAGGAGCAGGGGCAGCUGAUGCUUCAGGAUGAGUUCUUUGUUACUUUCAGAAAGAAAAAAUGCUUUCGCCACAUAUUCCUCUUCCAAGAACUCAUCCUGUUUAGCAAGACCAAGAAGACGGACGUGGGGAAUGACACUUAUGUCUACAAACAGUCAUUCAAGACCUCAGACAUCGGCAUAACCCAAAACUCCGGUGAGACUGGUCUGUGUUUUGAGAUCUGGUUCAGGAAGAGAAAGACCCAGGACACGUACACUCUCCAAGCAGUUAGCCGGGAGGUCAAGGACAGCUGGACCAGGGACCUGGAACGGAUCCUUUGGGAGCAGGCUGUACACAACAGAGAGGUGCGCAUGCAGGAGAGAGUAUUCAUGGGUAUUGGAAAUAAACCUUUCAUCGACAUCCAGCCCAGUGAAGCAGCGAUCAGUGAUCGAGCUGUCAACUACGUACUGAUUGGAAGAGAGAACAAGUUGCUGUCCUCUGUGGGACACUGUGGACCACAGGACGGUCUUAAUGGGGGUCGGCCAAAAUCUGUUGGUUCAGGAAGCAGUUCAUCUUCCUCUGGCAGCCACUCCUCUUCUUCCUCAGGCAGAGGCUCCAUGUCUCCUGUGGGAUACUUGUGUGUGCCAAAGCGGCGGGUGCUUACAGGGAGCAUAGCGGGAUAUGUCUCUCCUCCUGGAGUUCUGGAGGUGGAUGACUUAGACCAUGAGAGUGGGAGUCAGAACCUACUGUUGGACAGCUCUGAGUCUUCAGGAGACAGCAUCAGUGGCUUCAGCAGCUCCGGUCACAGCUGUCGCUCUGCUGUCGGGGCAGAGGGGGAGGACACCUCUUCCAUCUGCACCUCUAUAAUAACAGCUAAGGAGACAGUGGUAGAUCAUCAAGCUGAAGCUUCUACAAACCUCCAUAAACCAGACAGACUGGUUGAGUGCCCAGAAGAAACUCAACCACCAGAUGCAUCUGUGUCCAAACCAAGAACACCCUGCCAGGCCAACAGUCGGCACAGUGACAAGGAGACUACUGCUGGAAAAUCCACUGAGGUUUGAGGUGUAAGACAUUGCACAAGAUUAGCACAAGAAAAACUCAGAGGCCAGGCAUCACUGUCAACAGAACGAUUGCAGCAUCAAGGCUUUUAUCUGACUGUUACGGUAAAUCAGUCUUCAAAUCUUCUUCAUAAGGGUACCACUAAAAAUGCCUGUAUGUGUACUGCAGUCUGAUGUAUAUACAAAAGCAGUGAGCAGUGUAAAAAUGCAUGCCUGACGCAGCUUUGCUCCGUGCACUGUAAAGUCGAGUUUUGUAGCUUACGCAAAGUGUAUCAGUGUUCAGGUAAACAUACUGAAAUAGGUUGAAGCUAAUAGUUACUGAAAAUGUUAUAGUGACAUAUAUAUAUAUAUAUAUGUGUGGCUAAAUCAUAUUCUAAACAUUGAUCAGCAUAUUCAUCAAUAAUUCUAAUUCUAUAAUCAUAUCAAUUAAAUCAUUUAAUUCAGUUUGUACACAUCUAUGUAACUUUAUUACAAUAAACAUUUGCUCAUUUCCCCUGAAAAUAAAACACUUUUUCCCUGCUUUUUUUUUUUUUAAAGAUUUUGUAUAAUCUAAUAAGUUUUCAAAAUGAAGUUUUGUUGCUCUGUAUUUAGUGACGUUGCAUACAGUAUGUUUGUGAUCCUGUUUGCUCCACACUUGUGUCAUAUUUAUACAAUAAACAUAACCUACAGCCAGA